AUGUCAACAGCCGACGUCUUUCUGUCGUCUCCCGCACCCCCUACAAGGGUCAACCCCUAUGAUUUGUCCUCCUCUCCGGAUUUGCCUCCAAUAAACGAGAUAUUCUCUAAUAAUCCUAAAAAGCCUUCGCUGCGGAGUGCAAGCCACACACCGCCAAUACCCGAUGAUGCGCGUACUACAUUUACUAGUGCUGCGGAUUUAUUGCGAGAAGCGCCUGAGAUUGAUAUAGAGACCGAACAGAUCACCAAUUCGCCACCACAAAAAUCACGUGCUAACAAGGCCAACAAGAAGAGAACACCAACACCGGAAUCCGUCAAUGCACUUGUAGAGACGCCUAUUUUAAUUCAGUCGUCACAAGAAAAACCAUGGCAGAAGUUCAAGAGCAAGAAGUCGACUUCACAGAGCGAACAGCCGCCUAUUACGAAGGCUCGUGUCACCAAGCAAACGACUAAAGGUAAACAAAAGGGGAAGACGGAUACAGUUUCUAAGCACUUUCCCGCUAAGGAAGGUGUCGGGAAACGGGCAGAUGAGAAAUCGGAUAAUGGCAUAGUAGCACAGAAGUUGGAUGACCAAAUCACAAACGAUCUUCACUGCUCGGAACCUGCUUUAAGACGGCGAAGAGAUUGGACCCCUCCGCCCCCGAAUGACCCCAUUCUACUUGAGUCCGAGUCGGAUAGCCGGGAAUUGCACUCGUCAGUUGACCGAGGAUCACGGUCAAAGGACGUAUUCGAUACACUCUUAGACCGAUAUGGAUGCAAGGAUACUACGUCAUCUGCCACAUUGGAGCGAUUACAGCAAUCAGGUACCCUAGUGAAGCGGAUGUCGAUCGAACCCGUUUCAACUGGUGUUGAUAUCGGGCAGCGUCCGAGAGAGACAUCCCCCGCUAAGGUGGUUAACACGAAGAAGAAGAAGACUAGAACGAUCACGGAACUAGCGACUGCGCCUUAUAUGCCACUAAUGAAUCCUGAACUCGACCUUACAGGCCUGGCUACAAAGGAAUCUUUACUGAACUAUUUCGAUGAGGAUGGUGUUGUCAAGGCGCUUGUUGAUCAACAGACGAUUGUUAUGACACAAAAGAAAGGCAAAGCCAAAGAAACCAAGGCGCCAGCAAAGCCUAAGCGCAAGAAGAAAUCUGGUACAAUGGAUAAUCCAAUUCUAUUGUCUCCGAACUCCGCAUUGAAGCAAUCCUCCAACCAAGACUUUGUUUUUGGAACUUCGAGCCAAUUGGCUAGAGAAGAAUCUCCUACGACUCUUCGAGAUCUGCAAUUGGCAAUACGAGCCUCGAACCAAGUCGAUUCUGAUCCUUUCGCCGAUUCUGAUAGUCAAGGACUCUGGCAUGCAAGCUCAAGAGAUACGGAUGGUGAAUUGAUGAAGAUUGAUGAUGUUGAAUUAGUUAGAACAUUACCUUCGUUAUCUCGGAUUCAAGAACGACAGCAGUAUUCGGACGAGGGAUUUGUUGAUAUCAAUGAUAUCCUAAAGUCCUCAGAUAUAGAGGAAUCAAUAAUUACCCCACCACAAAAUUCCGAUCUUGCUGUUUCUAGCGCGCAGCCGCCCCAGACUGAUAGUGAAGAGCCUAUAGAGCUUACAGCCGAAACCAGCAACCCACGUCCGGAUUUUGAGCUUCUCAACGACUCACAGCUUGCCAAGCAGAUCGCAUCUUACGGUUUUAAACCGGUGAAGAAACGCCAAGCCAUGAUAGCUCUUCUAGACCAAUGUUGGGUUAGCAAGAAUCCUGGAGUUUCUAUCGUCCACACCAAUUCUAUAUCUACUUCGUCCAGCUCAUCUGCCCCCAAGAGGAAGCAGGCAACUACUGCUCCACAACCGGAAAAUCCUCCGAAAAGACGAGGCCGUCCAAGAAAGAAUUCAGUAGCUGAAGCUUCAACAUCAAAAGCUGCGGCACCAAAAGCAACUACCACAAAGAAGCCUCGCGGGCGCUCAAACAAGGAUACUCUAAAAUCUGUCGAGAUCGCAGAUUCCGACUUGGACGAAUUCAUCUCAUCGUCUUCGAGGGAAUCAUCUCCAGAACGAGACCGGAUAUUCUCCUCUCCACCGGCAGUGGACCUCUCCCUCUCAGACGAGACUGAUCUCUCCUUAACAAUGUCACCAACAGACCAACAAGCCGGCCUAUUCAGGCAUAUAACCAAAGCGGUGACAUCAGCACCGCGCUCGCAGGAUCCGUCACAACCGUCCUGGUACGAGAAGAUGCUGCUCUACGACCCUAUCAUCUUAGAGGAUCUCGCCGCUUGGCUAAACGCUGGGGCGUUAAACGGAGCAGGGUACGACGGUGAGGUUUCGCCUGUUGAUGUGAAGAAGUGGUGCGAGUCGAAGAGCGUUAUAUGUCUUUGGAGGCAGAAUAUGCGCGGCAAAGAGAGGAAGCGGUAUUAA